AGGUGUCGAUUCUACGUCGACCUUGUAAGGGAGGGCCAGAAGAAUUUCACUUUUACUUUGAGACGGGCCCAAGAGCGCGAGUGUUUGUGUGGGAGAAAACCCGAUUGAGAGAGAGAAAGGGAGAGAGAGAGGGAGCGUGAGCGACAAAUACAAGUUGGCUGCAGCUGAUAUCUAAUCAAAACAAAUAAUGCCAAUGGCCCAAGGCGGUUUGAUUCAUUAAUUUAGUUCUAAUUUAAAAGUGCCAGAGUUUGUGCGUGGCCGUGCCUAGAACAGGCCAAGUUUAAACUGAAAAAAAAAAACAAUAAUCAGCUCAGCACCAACAACAAGCAACUUUACUUUGCAAAAUUAAUAUAAAUAAUAUAGGAAUACAAAUAAAAGCGUGCAUAUAAAAAAUAUUUGCAACCACAUCUACGAAAUGAAACACAAGUUUUUGUUUUUGCUGGAGAGUGCAACGCUCUUAAUUAUUUGCGUGGGCGUAAGCGUGAAGGCGCAACACGAGGACAUUCCAUACCAGCCGGUGACAAACAUAUGCGAGACAUGCGUGUGCCUGAUGAGACAGGAUGCCAAUCGGCAAUUGCAUCAGACCCUUAAUUGCGCCAAUCAGAACUUUGAGCAUAUUUUGCCUCAGUGGCCUAAGCAGUUUGUGGAGCAGACGGCAGUGGAAAUUGUUGUGUCCUAUUCUGGCAACAAUAUUCGUGUGCUUCAGAUGCUGCCGGCGUUGCCGGAUCCAAAUUCAAAGCUAACGCUCAGUUGUCGCCAUUGUGGACUGCAGCAGCUGCAGGCGCCACUUUUCAUCGACGUGCCAAAUGUGGAGGGAUUGUAUCUCAGCUGGAACGAGCUGACUGCCGAUGCGCUGAAGCCCGACCUAUUUCGUGGACCAUUCAAGAGCACCAAAUAUGAACCCAUAGCUCUUAAGGAUUUGGAUCUCAGUCACAAUCGCAUAUCCACGCUUGAUCGCAAGUUGUUCGAGCACACACCACAAUUGGCCAAGUUAAACUUGGCUUACAAUAAGCUCAGUGUUCUAGAUGCACCGACAGCCAUGGCUCUAGCGGGCCUCACAAACUUGCAGAGAUUGGAUUUGUCUCACAAUGGACUGGUCUCUUUGCCAGCUGAACUGUUUGCGCCGACGCUUCGCAAUCUACGGUCCUUGGAUCUAUCGGGGAAUGCGUUUGGCGUAAUUCCAACUGGCUUAGCUAAGUUGGGAAAAACGCUGCAGCAGCUCAAUCUUGCGGGUAACGCCAUGACCAGCCUCAGUUCGCAAAGCUUUCUGGGUCUGACCGCCCUGCGACGUCUUAAUAUAAGUGAUGUGCCAACUUUACGCUCACUGGAGAAUGGAACGUUCGCUGGACUCUACGCUCUGGAGCAGCUUGACUGCUCCCAUAAUCCAAAGCUGGAGCGUUUGGACUUUGCCAGUUUGCAGCAGAGUUCCAAUCUCACACAGCUAGAUCUCUCACACAAUGCCCUGAUGACGUUAGCCCUCAACACCAACAGCAGCAAUAGCAGCAAAGCGGUGUCCUGGCCACGCCUGCGCAGCUUCAAAAUUCAGGGUAAUCCCUGGUUUUGUAGUUGUGAGUUGAUGGUGGCCCUGGAAAUCGCCGGAUCAUCUCCAUCGGGUGACGCCCGCUGCGAUACUCCCUAUAUAUUGGCCGGCGCGAAACUGUCAAAUCUGACUGCCGAACAAAUUUGCAAUAUGGUUAUACCGAAGAAGUACCAAAUUGUCGAGGACGACACGCCACGCUUCCUGCGCCGGCGUUAUAUUAUACUCACGGCCAUAAUUGCAUCCAUUGUCGUAGUGCUGGGCCUGGUAAUUGGGUUUAUUGUAGUGUGUGUUCGUCGCCGACUCAAGGGCGAUGAUUAUGGCGUCCAACCCAUACGCUACACCAGCGUGCGAGGCAGCAAUCUGUCAGCAUUCUCCCAGAUCCAGAACGGCAAUACGAUUACCAGUAAAUUCAAUGCGGUUACCCCGGCUACAGGGGCCGCGAAUGCCUGAGAGAGGGGACGAUUUGAUUGUCUGUUGCAGGACGGAUUCUUGAGCCAAAGAUGUGAAAGAGAGAGUAUUUUUCAGCUGCUAACACCAACUAACGACUUUGUCGAGUGUGCUAUUUCUUGUACAUAUGUUCCUAAAUAUAUAUGUACGUGUAUGUAUGUACCAUAUUCACUGGAGGCCAAUGCCUCUAUGUAUUCCAUGCCCAAUACUUAGCGCCUAGUUUAUGCCAUUGAUUUUUGUACUUAAGUCUGCUACUACUACUAUUUAGUGUAUAAAAUUUGUAUGUAUGAUUUGCUGAAGGUAAAACUUUAAU